AUGGCAGAGUUUCACGGACUUGGGGCCAAGUUCGAUGGCUUUCAAAGCUCGACAAGUGGCAGCUCAUCAAGUCCAUUCGUGCAGGCUUCGGAUACUUCAACCCAUACUUCGCUAUCUCUCACUUCCAGUGUGUGCCUACCACCGCUCUCAACCCAUGACACGGCAAAGUCGCACCAUCACAUAGAAGACUUUGAACGCUUCAUUGAGGAUCUUCAGACAUCUGCCAAGAGGGCGUUUCCUAAUUCAGACUACUCCCGAUAUAGCGAUGUCCAAGUUCUCCUGAUACAGUGGGAUGAAGACGAACUUCAAGUUGAAGGCGAACUCAAUGAGUUGAGAAGGGUCUUUAACUUGUAUGGAUUCACAACCACCAAGUUUCGUAUUCCCACCUCUAAUUCCCACCGCAAACUCAAUCAAAAAGUACUGAGCUUCGUCGAAGAGCAUGAAAAUGAGGAUACCCUCCUUAUAAUCUACUAUGGUGGUCAUGGCAUUAUCAACAAAGCACGACAGUCGACUUGGGCUUGCAAGCGCGAUAAAAGCUACGCUACAGUCGAGUGGUCUGCUAUACAGACACUAUUUGAAACGGCUAAAUGCGACGUCCUUCUUCUUCUCGACUGCUGCGCUGCUGCAAGUGCCGCCCCUUUGACCGAGCGAACGACCUAUAUGAUGGAGACAAUUGCAGCUUGCGGCUUUGAGACGUGGACAUCUAGCCCAGGCGCACAGUCAUUCACUCACACCUUGAUCGAGGUAUUGAAAGAAUGGGCCUCGCAGCUCCCUUUCUCUGCCGCCAUGCUGCAUAGUGAGAUCUUGACUCGGCUCAAACACGCACCUCCUGAUCGCUCCUCGCAAGGCGUAUUAGUUGAGUCAAGGAAAACGCCCACUUACAUCGUCUCAACAUCUAAUGCACACGCUUCUUCCAUCACGCUAGGCAAGAUGCCCGAAGAAGAGUCUGGCUCAAUAUCAUCAUCUCGGGCGAUCCCUGAUUCAAGCAUCAUGGACUUUACAGAGAGGGUACAGUCCGAUGCCUGCUACUCGACCGAGGAUCGUAUCCAGGCCUUAUUAGCUACAGAUACCAAAGGACAGCGGGCGGCACCGCAUGUACUUUUGACAGUCGCACUAGAAGAGGACCAAGUAUUUGAUGCCGCGAGUUGUGCACGGUGGCUAAAGCAGUUUCCACUCUUGGCAACGCACGUGAGCGUCGAGGCUGUAUACCGCAGUUAUUCAACUCUUCUGAUCUUGUCCGUGCCGGUCGUCAUAUGGGAUCUGCUGCCGGAGCUUCCGGCAACUCAGUUUGUGGGAUAUGUCAGAACCCGCAACCUCUUGUCCAGAGACAUGGUAUUAGAAAAUGCAGCGGCCCCGAUUCCUAUUACUACUAGGCAUACGGCAGGAAACAAGACUGGUGACCUGCUUGAUUGUACUUCUCCACUGAGAUCCGUGUCAGGGCUCAGCAGUCUUGACUCGGGAUAUGACUCGUUCCUUUCACGACCUGGUAGCUUGGUAGUGUUGAGGCAUAAUCGACUACCAGGAGAUGGGACCAUGAGCUCCAUUGCUGGCCAGGUAAGAAUGGGUAAAAGACGGAACAAGCCAUCAACAGUUGAGCUCCUUGGGCCAGAACGGCUGACUUCAAUGCCCACCGACACGCGCCCCAGUCUUAAACAGCGGCCAGGCUCGAGCAGCCGGGGAUCUAAUCGCUUAGUUGUCUCGAUAGGCGAAGCAGACCUGAAUGGCGACAGAAUCGGCCAUACCUGCGUGCUCUGGUAUGGAUAUGAUGUUCAGCAGAGUCGACCCACCGAGAAAGCGGCACCAAAACCGACAUGGCGAGUGAAAUAA